UCUAACAGAGACACUUUUUUUUAAUAUAUAUAUAAAGUAAUCAGAAAAAUCUGUAGUUAUUGGGAAUCUCAAAAUAUUGAUUGUUUUUGUGUUUAUAUAAUGUUUUAUAAUGUUUCUUACCAGUCUAUGCCAAUAAAAGCAAACAGGUACAUAUGGAACAGCACACACCUAUUACACAAUGCACUAGUAGUAACACUAAAGUAGUAUGGUGUUGUGUGUUGGUGAAGCUGUCUGAUCAUGACUGUAAGAACUGAUGCACAGGACAUCAGACUCUGGAUCAUUACACUGAUCCAGCAAUGUGGCAACUUGGCUGCGAGCUGUUGUAGUAAACACUGUAGUGCAAUGUCGUUAAGCAGAGCAGACCAGGACAUGUCACGUUUAUGGGAGCCAAAUACUUGUGGUUUUCUACUAGUUAGAGAUAAAGACGUCUAUUUUGAUGAGAGGGAAAACAUCUUUCACAAAGCAAGGUGCUUGUUUCACAUUGCACAUAUUUCUUAACACAGCAGAAUAAAACUAUUACAUUUAUAAAGAUAGAAAUGGGCUAAAUGACUGAAAGCCUAAUUCUCCGUGUUACCCUGCUGCAACGCCUGAUAAUCAGCUGCAGACUGAGAGACUUCUAUUUACUCUAAGGAUAGAGCCAUUGUAAAGCAGGGCUGUCAAAUUCAUAUUUUACUAGGGGGCACAGCACUGUUGCCCUUGAAGGGUGGGUUGUAACUGGAAGACUGUAUAGAUGUAACUACUCAAUGGUGUGUUAAUAAAAUGUUUUUGCAGUUAAUUAUUAUUUAUUCAAGUUACAAAUAUUGUACAUCUGUGUACAAUUUUGUUUUGUUUUGUUUUGUUUUAUGUACAGUGUCCUUGGGUGACUUGAAAGGCGCUUUUAAAUAAAAUGUAUUAUUAUUAUUAUUAUUAUUAUAAUAAAAAGUUCAGAACUGCAUGAGUCAGGUUUUGACUAAAGUUGAUGAGGUGAUGCUAGUUGUCCUUGAAUGCACAAAGUAGUUCUAUGCUCAUUGGUCUCUCAUCAUCAUGCAUUGUUCUAGUUGUAAGUUAUGGUCAAUAAACGCUCUGAAGCAACAUAGACUUAAUUAUAAGGGAGUUAAAUGUUUAGUGUGUGUUGUUUUGCAAAACAUACAGUAGAAUAGCAUUAUUUAGAUUAGCAGGGUGUAGCAUGCAUGCAUAUGGUAUAAUGUAGUGUUAUACAGUUAAGUCCAUGCAUAGUACAACAAAGUACAUUUUAUCAUAUAUGUAUAUCAUGACAUGGUGUGUCCCUACACCGUCUCUGUCAGUAAAAUAUUAACUUAUAUAUGGGAAAAUGGCUUUAGGCACAAAGGUCAUCGGGGGUGAAAAAUGCGUUUUUUUGUGAGACGGGGCAUAGGUAUGUUCUCAUGUCUGUGUAUGACAUACCUAGGACUAAGACGACAUAUAAUCUUCUUGGCCCUGAUUAAACCUGGACUGUCCUGUAGUGGGUUCGAUUAAACAGUGUGCUGAAGCAAGAGGAACAGAGCAUCAUGGCUGUGAACAUCCCAGGAGUGAUAGUCAUGGUGAUUUUCUAUCUGCUGAUCCUUGGAACUGGAAUCUGGGCUUCUUUUAAGUCCAGGAGGGAGCAGAAGAAAAGUGGAAGUGGUGAUGUGGAAAUGGCUCUGCUGGGAAACCGUAACCUCAACAUGUUUGUAGGAAUCUUUACUCUGACAGCUACCUGGUACGGAGGAGGAACCAUCGUUGGCACAGCAGAGGGAAUGUACACACCUGAUAUGGGCCUAACCUGGGCUGUCACUUUAAUAGUUUCAUACAGCACCUCUUUUAUACUAUGUGCUUUCCUGUUUUCUGAACCACUGAGAAAAAAGAACUGUGUGACGAUGAUGGACCCUUUCUAUGAAAAGUAUGGAAAAGUGCUGGCGGCCGGACUGUCAAUGAUCUCAGUUAUGCAAGACAUACUGUGGUUGCCAGCCACACUGGUGGGUUUAGGAGGAACCAUGAGUGUGAUCCUGGACUUGUCUUUUACUGUGUGUGUCUGGAUCUCUGCUGCUGUUGUUAUUUUAUACACACUGAUGGGAGGUCUCUACUCUGUGGCCUACACUGAUGUCAUACAGCUAAUUCUUAUAUUUAUAAGUUUGUGGCUCUGUGUUCCCUUUGUGUUGAUGAACCCCAGCACCGUGGACAUUAGCCAGACACUGAAGAACAACACCUUACACUUUCCCUGGAUUGGUGAACCAGAAGCGAAAAAGGCUGGGAUCAUUAUUGAUGAAAUUUUAUUCUUGUCACUGGGGAGUUUGGGAUAUCAGUGCCUCCAUCAGAGGAACCUGGCAGCAACUUCUUCAUCAACCGCAAAGCGCACAGCUAUUGUUGCUGCUUUUGUCUACCCCAUGUUUGUCAUUCCUCCUGUCCUGCUUGGAGCAGCUGCUGCAUCUACAGACUGGAACCUGACCUCAUACGGUUCUCCAUCUCCAUAUGAUCGCGGUGAAGCAACUCUGAUCCUGCCAAUCACCCUACAGCACCUCACACCACCCUUCGUCUCUAUUAUUGGUAUAGCAUCUGUAGCUGCUGCUGUGAUGUCAUCAGCUGACUCUGCUUUGAUAUCUGUUGCUUCUGUCUUCAGCACCAACAUAUACAAGACUGUCUUGAGGCCACAGGCAUCACAGAGAGAGAUUCUGAUGGUGAUCCGUGUCGUCAUUUUGGUAGCGGGUGUGAUUGGCACAUCACUAACCAGUGCAAGCUCCAGUGCCCUAGUUUUUUGGUUUCUGACUUCUGAAGUGGCCUAUACUGUAAUGUUCCCUCAGCUACUCUGUGUCGUGUUCUUCCAAAUUUCCAACGGUUAUGGAGCUAUCAUGGGCUGUGUGGUGGGACUGUUACUAAGAGUUCUCAGUGGAAUAGAAUUAAUUGGACUGCCAGUUGUCCUAUGUUUCCCAGGAUGUGUCCUUGAGGAUGGAGUUUAUGUCCAGUACGCUCCAGUGAAGACCAUCUCUAUGGUGUCUGCUGUUGCUGCCAUAUUGUUGUUCUCCUAUCUGACAUCUGUGCUCUUCAACAAAGGUCUGCUUCCUGAGAAGUGUGACAUGUUUAAGGUGAAAGUUCAGCUCUCACCACAACAACUGAGUCCAGCACAUGGUGCUGAUGAGAAUGAGACUGGGCAAUUUCAAAAUACAUGUUUUGAUACAAAAUUUUGAAUAACAGAGGAACUAUGAAUUAAAAUCCCAUUUAUAAAUGUUGGACACAUUUGAUAUCUUUUUUUCACAAUUUCCAGAACAA